AUGGAGGUCGAGUGGCACGGUUUGAGACUGAAGCCAUCGCCGGCCGUGCUUGAAUUAGACUCCGCAGACGGGAGGAGCACACCGGCUUGGAAAGGCCCUCUGGAACUCUCAGCAUGGGACUGCUUCUUCGUAGUUUUGGCAAUAGUCUCCAUCGGUCUCGACAUACUCUCCGACUGCUAUGUUGCCUACGCUCAUGCGCUCAACGAGCGGAUUACGAUGAUGUGGUUGAGCAUAGUCUUCAUCGUUGUACCUGCGUGGGUCUCCACUUUGGUGUCUCUCCUCAUGAUCCUUCAGGAUCGGCAAAAUAACGUCAAAAUGCAGUGGACCUGGCGAUGGAUAACUUUGUUCCACAUAUUCCCUCUGGUCCUCGUUCCUCGUUACGUGAACUCAUUGAGCUUCGGUCUCAAAUCUCAACAAAAAAGCCGGCCGAAACUCGCUCGUCAGGUGCUCUACUACAGGAUGCUGUGGGAGGACUACGAUGCGGCAUACCUGCGCCUGAUCGAGGCCUUCCUCGAAGCCUGUCCGCAACUCCUGGUGCAGAGUGUUUUCAUCUUCCGAUCCUACAGCGAGUUGCGAGACGAAUCUUCGUAUUUUUUUCUGCACAUCGCCAUACCCCUAGCGCUGAGUCUCUUCUCGUUGGCGCACGCUGUCGUUUGCUACAAGCGCAGCCUUAGGAUAUCUCAGAAUGAGAAGCGUAUGACCUGUAGUGGCUCAAUCACGCUUCUCCUUUCUCAGAUCUGCCUGAUUUCGAGUCGUGUGAUAGUUCUGACUUUGUUUAUAAUUGAAGUCCCUGUGCCAAUAAUUCUCGGCGCGCUCAUCGCGCGGAUUUUCUUCAACAUGACAUGGUUGUAUAUGUUUUUGGAGUUUUUCCACGUCGACUCGAAAGUCGAAUCAUUCGUUUUGCGAGGAGUGCUGUCCGUGAUGUAUCUUUUCACUUACGUCGAUUUCAGCCACGGAAAUAGCGGUAAACGACAUCUAGUGCACCAUAUCGCCACUGUCAUCGAUUGUGGGGCUCUUUUGACCCUGUACUAUAUUUACGCAUACCAUGUGAAUGUAUAUUGCAUCGUAGCGGCAAUAUGUCUAUAUCCUCUAGGACUCAUGCUCCUCGUGUUUUAUUAUUGUAAAUGCCAUCCAACCAGCAUGAGCGACGGCGUACACGUAGUCCACGUCGAGCAAUCUCUCUGAAAUUCCCUAAGCGACACGCUAUGCCACAUAUCAUCGAUAGCAACGCUUUCCUCGCUCCCGGUAAAAUCAAAAGGUUCGGAGCUCCCGGAUACUAAGGUAUGACCGAACCAUCUUGAAGGGCUAGCGGGGGAAAUAUCGAAUCCUGCGGGGUAUUUUCCUCGAAUGAUCGUGUCCCAAAGAAGACUCAAUAAACUUCGGAAAGCAA